AUGAAUAAAGUUUCAAAACGAACUAAUGAGAGAGAUAAGAAGAAAGAAGCCGUUUCUACUAAGAAAAGGUCUUUUGAUAAAGUUAACCAACUUCCAUCACAAAGUAAAAGUGUCCCAACUAAACCGGAUCAAGGAAAGAUUGCUCAACUUUCAUUGCAUAACAAACGACACAUAGAGAAUGAAGUACAUUCCAAAGCUCUUGGUAGAACUAUGUCUGAGUUCACAUCAGUUUCUAAGCCAGAUUUUCCGAAACAACAAUCAGGACUUGAAAAGCAAAGAGAAACCCCACAAGCCAAAACAAGAGAUGAAGGCAUAUCUGAAAAGGGUGAACAUGACCUCGGCGUUUUCCAUGCUGUCCCGCAUUUACUGGCCCGGCCUGAUUUGGUCACCACUUCUCCUAUCAGCCAACACAAAUACCCCAGAAUAAACCAAUCCAAUCAACCUUCCACUACUAAGGACAGAGGAAGUAUGUAUGACAAAACUUUCGGGAAAAAUUCAACAGGAUUGGCUUCAUAUGGAAUCAAUGCUGGGGUUUUAGAGAGGAGUAUUUAUCGUUCUCCAAAUUGUACCCCAGAAUCACUAAUCCGAAAGGAAAAAAUGAACCCGAAACAAACAAGAAGUCCAAGAAAUGACAGAAGGAAUAGAGCAAGAAAAAUAAAAUCAAAUUACCAACCACGAACUAUAUCAGAGCCUGAGCUCAAUUUACUAGUUGAACCAAAUCUCAUUCUACCUCUUGACAAGGUUUAUAAAGUUGAGCCUGAAUUCAAUUUUCAUGUUGUCCAAAAUACUUAUGUAUCUCCACUUGAAUUGAUAUUAUCUGAUACCCAAAAUAUAGACACAUAUGACCCAGAGGUCAUUGUACCUGUUACCCAAAAGUCCAAAAUAUCUGAACCCGACGUCAAUAUCCUGGAAUAUCGACAUCCAAAAAGUCCUAGAAUAAACCGAACAAUCAAGGUGAAGCAUAGUGGAAAUCCCCAAACAAAAAGCAUCCGCUAUCCUUAUUGGCCUAACAACAAAUGGUCUCAAUUUACAAAAAUCGUCAAACUGAGAAGAAUUACAAGACAACAGGCAAUAAAUUGUCGGUUAUUGGCAAGGAUAAUGGGAUGUAGAAGUAAGAAGGAAUUAGCAAGGAGAUAUGAUUUUAUAGUUGCCUUCGUGGUGAAAGGUAAGAAAUUUAGAUUGAGAAAUUAUAGGGAAGUAAAAUAUAAAUAG